AUGGCUGAAAGUGUGUACCACGGCGAAAUGGGAAAUGCUAUCAAGUUUAUUGAAUCAAUCGCUGACCCGCUAAACUCCAUCAAUCUUUUCCUUUCAAUUGUCUCCAUUAACGUAAACAUUUUGCACGCUAUAAUUCUGACAAGAAGCUCCAUGAAAUCCACGUCGACCAAUGUGAUAAUAGUAUUAACCAUUCUCCUACUUCAUGCUCUGAAUAAAGCCAAGAAGGCACGGAAGAAGAAGAAGAGUUCAUUGAGAGAUACUGAUCACACAACAAAGCUGGUAGUAUUCAUGACAGCAGCUUUUUUCUUUGCUGAAGCUCCGCUUGGAGUAAUUUAUAUGAUUAAUGCGUUUUAUCACACCAAUGAUGGAUUAAUAAUCGCCUCGGUGGACGUCAUUAUUGUUUUUGCCUCUCUUCUAACCAUCAACUCCACCUGCCACUUUAUAUUCUGUAUUUUCCUAUCCAGACAAUACCGUAGCACACUCUACUACACGCUAAGACUACAUCUACUGGUAAACUCAACGCGUACCGAGGCAACCAGGAACUUGAGCAGUGUGGCUGUUCCGUCAAUGAGAUUGGUAUCUGUUCGAUAA